AUGUUUUCCUUCAAAUCUAUCGUCCUCAUUGCCGCAGCUUUCGCCAUAGAAGCAGAAUGCAGUGCAUCAGUAGCUGCAGCCUUGAUUGCACCAGCGCAUGUGGGAUACGCUCAUGCUGUACCACAGAAUAUUCCACCAUACGCAUCACAGGUUAAUGUAGAAACUAGAAGUGCCCUCGUUGCUGCGCCUCCAGUAGCUGCAUAUACUGCCCCUCUGGCAGCACCUUUUACUGCUAGAUUUGCACCUGUUCCUGCCGCUUAUUCUGCUGCAUCAUAUAUCGCUUCCGCCCCAGUCCUUCCAGCGGCAUACGCUGCCUCUACUUACGCUGUUCCUGCACCUUUCGCUCCUCACGCUGCCUACGCUGCAGCUUAUCCUUAUGCUGCAUCUUACCCUCUACUCCGUGCUCCUUAUGGCGUUGCGCCGGCGUUUGUCCGA